CUUCGUCUUUACACAGCUUCGAAGUAAUUUUUCGGAAUUCUCACAAAACAUCGAACCUGAUUGCUAGCAGUUUGUGUUUUCCAUAUGUUGACUAUUUAUUUAUUUUUGCAAUUUAUGGAUUUGCUAUGUCAGUAGCAGUGUUUCUGCAGUUGGGUCACACGUGAAGGUCCAAGUAAGUUAGUUGUUGGAGAAUUUGAUGGUUGUCGUGGAGGAAGAAGCUCGGAGGGGAUUAACUCUGCGUUGGAGUGUGGAGUUGUGGGACUGUUGAGGCUCUUGAUCAUGUGAGGGAUCGUUGAUGUGGAUCCACUUUUGUGGUUGAAGUGUCACUGGUUCGCUGGAUCUAAAUUCCUGUUGAACAGGGUGCCAAGACCUCCAAUUUUGGAUUAGGCCUUUCGAAGCUGUGGUUUCGUGUCUCUCGUCUUGAAUGAGAAAAUUGCGGACUAUUAUCACUCCCUUGUUGUUGCUGUCACUUAAUCCUGAGAGGAUUAUCAGAAGAGGCAGUUGAAGGCUCGGGACGAUGCUAUUGAGUGUAGGAGGAUCCAUUAAGUUGCAUUGAUCCCUUAAUCAUCCCAACAUGGAUGAGCAUUCUCCAUCAUCUGCUAUGUCAGAGGACAAUUUUGGCGCUUCUGCUUUCAAUCCGUCAGCCCCAAAUGUAUCGCAGAGUCCGCAAGUAGCUACAUCGAUCUCCUCUCUCAUACGAGACACUUCUUCACCGUCUUUUAAAUCUGUUCCUAUUUCGCCUUCUUCUGCUUCGCGAUCGGCAUCAUCAUCCGCCCCGGCUAGUCCAAAGACCAGCUUUACAUCGAGCAUUGGCCAGCCGUGGGGGUUGUCCAAAGCAGAGGCGGAUAGUGGCCCUGCAGAAACAGUCAGGCAUCCUCUUAUGAGUCACCGUUCUUUUAGUGACGAGGAUGAAGAAGAUGCUGUCUCAGGACCAUCUCCGGCGAAGCUCCCAACUGGUUCUGCAGCGUCCACAACCCAAACUUUCUCGAAAUCUCCGGAGGCUGUAUCUUCUUCUAGACCCAAGCUGAACGCUACCUCUCUCUCGUUUGGCAGCCGCUCGUUUCAAGGCACUCCUGAUGUUUCCAGCUUACGCAAGCUCGCGAGACAAGGGGCCUGGAGAGCGUUGGUGGACAAGGUGAAGGGUGCAAAGAAGCAGGGCGUACUAACCACUCCAGUGGAUGAGCUUAACUACGCAACUUAUCAUCUCUUAGCAUUAAUAAAGCUGCGGAAUUAUGGCGCAGCUGCGUCUGAGUUGGCAGCUGUGGGUGACCUUGAUGCUACGCAGUAUUGCUACGAGGAGUAUCCUUCCGUGUACCCUGGCAAAUCAGGCUCAAUGGUGCCGUUUGCAUUGAGAUGGAUGCAUGCCGACUUACCCCAUCGAAAUGGGCAAACUGCUACGACCAUUGAACGACUAUAUGCUCUUCUAGAUUUUUGUAACUCACGAGUUGAAUCACUACAAUCAAUCGAUUCUGGUAGUCGAAAGUCUUCACUGCCAUUGGUGCAUGCUGCAACUGAUACCCUAACCAAUCAGCAUGGUGACAUGCCUGGUGGCGAUGAGGGUACUCCAGUUGAACGAGCGGAACCUGGAGAACAUGCUUCUACAGAGGAGGUGGGCACAAGUGGAGAAGAGGAAGACUUUGGAGAGUUCGUAGCUAGUGAUAUUACUGUUACAGGAAAGUUUCUCCUUACCUGGAUGAAGCGGAAAGAGGCUGUUGUUUGUGCUCUUGUGGGCCAUCAUCUAUUUCAAAAGCAGCAUGUUGUGGCGUUGCAGUGGUUGAAUCAGUUACUAGCCAGUUCUCCUACAGAUACAGAUCUGCUAUCAAGGGUUGGUUAUGUUCUGCUUCAGCUUGGCGACCUAGGAGGAGCUCAGCAGUCAUUCUCUAAGGUCGAUGCACUUAUCUCAGAUUCAGUGGACGAGGAACUCUUGAACUUGGCAGGACGAAAUCGAGGUCUUCUUCACUUUGCUGAGAAGCAGUAUUCUAAGGCCUUCAAUGAAUUCGCCACCGUCUUGAGCAGAAGUCCAUAUGAUACGGUCUCUGUUAACAACAAGGCGCUUUGUUUGAUGUACCAGCGGGAACUUCUUGGAGCAACAUCGGUUCUGGAGGACUCACUGCAGUCUAGUCCUCAGUCCUCUUUAAAUGAGACCUUGGUCCUUAAUUUGUGUAGUAUGUAUGAGUUGGCGUCCAUGAACAGCGUAGAGUCGAAAAGAGCUCUCAGUUCAUGGCUUCUGACUCAUGCGCCUGAUGAUUUCGACCUCUCAUGUACACGCUUGUAGGAACCUUCAAAGGUCGCGUUUCACAAUCCUUACAUCGUGCAGGUUGGCGAUUGCCAAUUGUAAACUCAUUUGAAGCCAUGUUAGGUAAAGGAGUGGAGACGUAUCUGAAAGACUCGUUAUGUGUAGUACCUCUUUAUCCAAGAGGCAAAAGAAGUGAUUGAUUAUAAGUGGCAACAGCAUCAGCUAUGUAUUAAUCGACCAACGGUGGAGCAUAUCCCUUGUGAUCUAAAAGAAUAUUUGCAGGUA